AUGUCCAUGUUCAACCACCCCCCUCGCGAUGACUCUGAUCAGGGCAUCGGCACGUUGAUAACGCCGAGUCAUCCGAUCCCUGAAUUGUCUCCCAUCUUGCGUCAGAGUUAUGCCGAGACUUUCGUAGACUUCUGCUACACGUGGUGUCCGGUCGUGCAUCGUGAGGACCUCAUUGACGAUCGGUCUCCGUUCGCGCGGUCCUUGCUCCUACAACAAGCCUUGGGCCUCUUAGGAACAACAAUCAGGCCCCCUAGACUCAGCCAUCAGCCCCCACGUGUACAUUAUGAGAGAUUCAAGGUAUUAUUCCAUGGCAACACGGAGCGAAAUCCAUUGGCGAGGAUUAUUUCAAUCAUCCUCACCUACUGGUGGAGCGCUGGUCCCCCAAGUGUCGUCAGCAUGGACAGCCAAUACUGGUGGACAUCCCUUGCGAUCCGUCUCGCCCAGGAGAUUGGCCUUCACCGGCGCCCGUGCAUCAUCCAUCCGGAGGACACUAACGUCAAACUUCCGAGCUUGGAUGAGUUCCCCCAUGACCGACGUGACAACGCUGAAAUCUUCAUACACUGGGUCCGAGUCUGCGAGAUCAUCGGAGAUUUAUCUAAGCACUUGAGAAAUCGGAAUGAUGAGACCGGAUCCACCUUCGAGCUCGCACAGAGGCUGAUUAAAUGGGUGAAUGCCUUGCCUCGACGCUUAAGGUUGUCGUUCAGCACAGUGACAACUACCGACUUUGACAGGGAUGUGCACCAGCUUCAUCUGCCUUAUUUGUCAGCCAUCACCCUUCUCUAUAUGAGUGCUUCGACUCAACCUCUUCCCAAGGCAUAUGGCGCAGCUGUUCUUUCAGCUUCGUGCGUCGCACGGAUCUUUGAAGACCUCCUGGCUCGGGGAUCGAUUGCAUUCCUUCCAGGCAUUGGGAAUUGGUACAUCAGCAUCGCAAUCCUUGCCCUGCUACAUGCGCGUCAGAUCGAAUCUUUAAAGAAUGUCGCGAACGCGCAAAUCGAUAUUCUAUUCAUUGCUCUGAGGGAAAUGUCGAAGCUGUGGCAUUCCGCAAGAAUGUUUUUACUGGGAUUUGAAAGGCUGCUCAGCGGUUUCAGCUCGGACGCAUCCGCUGCCUCAUCCCAGACAGUGGGCAACCAGCUCUCGCAGGCACUGGAGUUGAAUGAGUUAAACAUCGAGGACGGGAUCAAUUACCGCGAAUUUUUCCCGGAUGCAACAGUUGAUACGAGCCCACUUUUCUCGGUGCUUUUUACUCACAAUCCACCUUCCAUUUUCGUGGAAGCAGAAUGGACAAACGAUCUCAGCUUACAGCUUCAAAACAUGUUCGAUCACCCGUAUGACGAUUUGGAUUUCGGCCUUGCUGUGAAUGAUAUUUCAUUCCCUACUUCAGCUCAGCCGCGCUAG